GAAAAUCUUCAGAAUACACUUUAAAUGCUCGACGACUUAUCUGGACAGGAAGAAUCAUUGAGUCAGUUUGCUCUAGUCAGGAAACUAGUGCAACUAUCAAAUGCAACAAUAUCAGAAACUACUGAGAUGGCAAGCAGGGAGGCAAUGGAAUCACGGCCCUUUGACACAUUGGCAGAAUUAUACGAUACUUUGGAUAAUGGAUUAGUAGAGUUAUCAUCGGCAUAUAUCACAGAAUCAGUGGACUAUGUAUAUCGAGGUUUAGAUAUUGUUGCACAAAAAAUUCCAUUGGAAAAAGUCAACAGGGAUGAACAACCUAGAACACUAGUCUGUCAUGAUAUGAAAGGUGGUUAUUUGGAAGACAGAUUCCUACAGGGUUCUACCUCUUAUGACUCUUAUAUAUUUUAUCAUUGGAGUAUUGUUGAUACAUUUGUUUACUUUAGUCAUCACUUUGUGACUAUUCCACCUUGUGGAUGGAUUGUUGCAGCUCAUAACCAUGGUGUCAAAGUCUUGGGUACUGUAAUUACAGAAGGAAAUAAUGACACUUGGGACACAAUACUCGCAUCUCAAGAGGAUGCAAGAAAAUUUGCAGAUGCUUUAGUAUUGGUUGCCAAAUGUUAUCAAUUUGAAGGCUGGCUUUUAAAUGUUGAAAAUAAAAUUAGAGAAGAGGAUAUUGAUAAUUUGAUUUAUUUCAUUAAGUAUCUAACAGAAAGUAUUCAUAACGAGAUUGAGGAUUCUGAAAUUAUUUGGUAUGAUAGUGUGACAAAUAAGGGUGAAUUAAAUUGGCAAAACGAACUCAAUGAUAAGAACAAAGAAUUUUUCUUAUAUUGUGAUGGUAUAUUUUUAAAUUAUAAUUGGACAGAAUCGCGACUUAUUAGUAGUCGUAUACUCGCAAAGGAAUUGGGUCGCGAUAUUAAGGAUAUUUAUGUAGGAUUAGAUGUUUGGGGAAGAGGUUGCCCAGGUGGUGGCGGGUUUAAUUCGGCAUAUGCACUAGAUUUAAUACGAAAACAAGAGCUUUCUGUAGCCAUCUUCGCUCCUGGUUGGACACACGAGUAUUUCGGUCCAAGUACUUUUCAAGUUUUAGAAGAUUUAUUUUGGGCUCAACUUUUCCCUUAUUUAUAUGUACAUGUACCUAUUUAUGAGGAUGACACAUUUAAAACUUCCUUCUGUCGAGGUGCUGGUAUUUGCUAUUAUUAUAAUGGCGAGGAACAUUUUGAACCGUAUACGAUAAAUGGCGAAAGUACACCCGAAAAGAAAGCAUUUUAUAAUUUACGAAUGCAGCAACCACAAUUAACAAUUCCAGUGCCAUAUUUGCAAUUUACGCGAUCCACGCAAAGAAUUCUUACUGAAAAUGUAGAAGAUAAGAAGCAUGAUAAUGAUGAAGAUAGUAAAAAUAAAGAUAAUGAGAAACAGGAACCACGAAUAGAACGUAUAUACGAAAAAAAAAACAUUAUACGAAUAUGUGACAAUGUCAUUCAGUUUGAAAAUAAAUUAUCUGCCAUCGAUGUCAAUACUUUCGAAUUUUGCGAUCAAUUUUCCUACAAUGGCGGUGGAUGCUUGAAAUUAAUUACUAGAGAUCAUAGAUUAUAUCAUAGAUUAUUUUUGGUUCACAUUAAUUUGAAUCAAGAUAUUCAGGCGACCAUCGUUUAUGCAGAAUCUGAAAUUGAUGUCUUUUCAAACAAAACUGACAAGAAUCCUAUUUUGAUCUUGAGUAGCAAUGGUGAAUUAAAAUCGAUCCGAUCUUAUAAUUCCAUCAGAAUAAACUCCAGAUGGAAAAAAUGUAUAUAUCUGACGAACUUGAGGACCGUGGAUGAAAUCGGCGUGUCCUUCCUAACAGAAUGCGACUGUUAUUUAGGCGAGAUUAUUUUGGAGAAAAGGAAUCUUUGUUUCGAUAACUGUGAUCCUGCAUACGUUGCCAGCCGGAUCAGCGAUUACCACAUUCCACAAUCUGCUUUGAAUUCGACGCAACUUUAAUAUUAAUCCAACAGUUACAUUUAACCUAUAUAUUACAGCCUAGUGAGGAUGUAGUAUAAAGUAGUAUUUUAACGCUGAUCUUAUAUAAUUCCAAAAUAUUUGAAAAAUAAAGCAGUUGAUUAUCAACGAUAAUCAACAAGAAU